UCGACAUCAUCUUCGUUCACCCCCUUCCACAUCAUCACCGCCGUCAAGCCCGAAAUGUCGUACAGUCGAGAAUGGGACCAAGGCAAAGGCUCUUGGAACUCAGGAUCCCAUUGGAAUGGUUCUUCGGUUCAUAUGCGAGAGGACGACUACGCAGGGGAUGGCAAACGUCGGAAAACCAUGGGAGGCUACGACUCUUCUCAGGGCUACUCGGACUAUGGCUACGAUGCUGCGCCGUUCGGUGAACGGGGCGCUGGUGGAGCACCUCCGAAGAAACGGCUGCAACCCUCAGAACCCAGUCCUCACGUCAUCUUUUUGGGGCUCGAUCUUGACUUCACUGAAGCCGAUGUCUGA